AUGAUAGGUACAAGAGUAAUGGUUAAGAUGCCAUUAAGGGUGUCUAGAAUAUCAUUAAUUAAUCCAACUUAUGGAGGAUUUAGAAGAUCUUUUACUUUAUCCAAAAGAGUUUUCCAAAAUCAACCUACAAGUACUGGACAAUCUGAUAUACAGAGACAAAGAGAUGCUAUGGAUAGAAUAACAAAAGAAAGAGAAGAUAGACAGAGGUAUAGAAAUAGAACUGCUGGUUAUUAUGCAGCCUCUGUAGGAGUAUUGUUUUUAGGAUUAUCAUUUUGUGCUGUACCAAUUUACAGAGCCAUUUGUCAAAGAACUGGUUGGGGUGGUAUUCCAAUUACUGAUUCUAAUAAAUUCACACCUGAUAAACUUAUUCCAGUAGAUACAAAUAAGAGAAUUAGAAUUCAAUUCACUUGUCAAUCCUCAGGUAUUUUACCUUGGAAAUUCACUCCUUUACAAAGAGAAGUUUAUAUUGUCCCUGGUGAAACUGCAUUAGCUUUUUAUAGAGCUAAGAAUAUGUCUAAAGAAGAUAUCAUUGGUAUGGCUACUUACUCUGUUACUCCAGAUCAUGUUGCACCUUAUUUUAAUAAAAUUCAAUGUUUCUGUUUUGAAGAACAAAGAUUAAGUGCUGGAGAAGAAGUUGAUAUGCCUGUAUUUUUCUUUAUAGAUCCUGAUUUUGCUAAGGAUCCUUCUAUGAGAAAUAUCGAGGAUGUUGUGUUACAUUAUUCAUUCUUCAAAGCUGCUUAUACAGAUGGUGAACUUGCUGCAGUACCUGCCGCAAGUAUGGACUUCAAAGCCACUGUUGCGUAG